AUGGCUCCAGCGCGCUACAAUGGCAAGCGGGACAAAUACGAUGAGGACCUCGAGCUGUACAAGGACGACGACGGCGAGCCGAUGACGAUGGGCAAGCUUGUGGCGAUGAUUGCCCAGCACAUGCUCGCGAGUCCCGGGGGGAAGAGCGCCGUCAAGGAGAACCUUCUGCGCUCGUUCGUCAAGGUCGACUCGGUGACGUGGGAAUGCCUGCUGAAAAAGACGAACGAAAAGCUGCGCCGAUCAUGUGGAUAUACGAUCGUGCAAAAAGACGGCACGCUCUACCUCACGAAUAUCCUGCCCGGCCUGCCGAACGUCGAGGAUCUCGCGGAAAUGGCCGACGCGCAAAAGGGCUUUCGCUUCAUCGUGCUCGUGUUUCUGAUGAUGGAACGGCCGCCGUCGCUCGCCAAGGAAUUCGGGAAAGUGCCGUCGGAGCGGAUGUGGAAAUUCUUUGAGACGCUCGGCUACUCGAGCACGGAGCCCGACGAGGUGCUCGGCGACAUCAAGAUGCUGAUCAACACCAUGAUAAACGAGGGCCUCCUAGCCGUCAGCGCAAAACAAAGCGGACCGGCGCCGGGCGACGACAUCUUGUACGAGUGGGGCCCGGUGGCGGUGAAGACGAUCAGCCCGCAGAUGGUCUUCGACGCGUUCCUGAAGAUCCACGACACGAAUGCCGCCCAAUGGCAACAACACGCCGAGAAAGUGGCCGAUUGGCAGUUUCGGUUUGCAAAAGAAUACAAGAAGCACAGCUACUACGACCGGAAACGCGCGAAGCCCGACGUGCCCGGGGGACGAGGGCGAGAGCUGAAGACGCAGGCCGCCGACGCU